UAAUGAUUGGAUAUGCUUUAAGAAAGAUAAGUAAUCUUAGAUUCAACUUCUGUAGUUUGAAUAAACAAACUUAAGGGAAGCCAGGUAUGAAAGCAGCAUCGACUAAUUAUUCUUACACUUUUGAUGUGAUAAAUCACUAUGAUCAAAUAAGUAAAAUCAAAGGAAAAGGAGCAAUUGUUUCACUCAUGCCUUGUUAUGUAAGAUUAAAUGUAAUGUAGCCUCAAUAUUAAGUGACUAAAUAAGGUUCUGUUGUUGUAAAGAUGAAAUAUACAAGAAAUUAUAUUUAUUUAUGGAGAUUUUAACCAAUGGCAGAAAUAGGAAAAGAAGUAUUUAACAAAAUAUAAAAUUUUAGGUUAAUAAUAAAGAAUCUUUAAAUUUCCCAAUUAGUUAUGAAAAUUGUGGUUAUAUUUUAGAUUUAUGUGAUUAAUUAUCAACUAGUCCUGAAAUUAAAUUAGAAGAAUAGACUAUUAAAGGAAAUUUGACAUUCACUGUUUAAAUUGAUUAUCCUAAUAAAGCUGCUCGUAUUUCAUUAUAAGCAAUUGCUUAAUAGUAAUAAUAAUAAUCAUAAUAAUAAUAAUAAUAAUAAUAAGAUUAGAAAUAUGAAGUUUAAAUAGCUUUGGCACAAUUUAAAUUAAUUUGUGAAUAAAUGAAAGUAAGAUUUAUUAAUUUAUUAAUAGUAAGGUUUACCAUUAGUAACUGGAUGGUUAAUUCCUGAGAAAUUUCUGUUUUAAAUAAACAAAGAAUAAUCAGAAUGAU